AUGACUACGGCCCUCAUCAAACUUCGAGACAAUCAGGGACAAUUCAUCAAAGCACGGGCUCUCCUCGAUUCAUGCUCCACUGUCAAUUUGAUAACCGAUAAACUCGCAAAUUCUUUAAGAUUAUCUAAAUUUGAGUGUGUAGUUAACAUUGGAGCAGUCGACAAUAUGAACACCAUAGCCAAUCAUUUCAUCAAGGCUAACUUGAUUUCCAACUAUACUUCUCCAACAUAUGAACUGAGCUUUCUUAUUGUGCCUAGUAUUGCGGAUACGAUUCCUUCUGAUGUCUUUCCCCGGAAACUCUAUAAAAUUCCAAAAGGACUGAAGUUAGCGGAUCCAUCUUUCCAUCUUCCAGCACCUAUUGACGUUUUAUUGGCUUCUGGUACCACGUUAUCGGCUAUGAAUCCCGGCCAAAUAAGGCUCCAGCACGAUAAUUCACAUUUAAUUUUCCAGAAGACGUCAUUUGGCUGGGUCGCUGCUGGGGGAUUUAAUAGGCUGUCUUGCUCUUCACCAGCUUCUUGCAAAAUAGUCAAACUAGAUAGAUUCUUAAAAAAAUUUUGGAUUAUCGAGGAUUUUGACCACGAACCUCUUCGUUCUCGCGACGAGGUCUUCUGUGAGGAGCAUUACGCGACUCACACCACUCGUGACGCGUCAGGUCGUUACGUGGUGCGUCUCCCAUUUCGAGAUAGUAAGUUCAAUCUCGGUUCAUCAAAACAGCAAGCUCUCAGGCGUCUUCAUUCGUUAGAAAAUAAACUCGGAAAGGAUCAUCAUCUCAAAGCAGAAUAUUACAAAGCGAUGAACGAAUACAUCACCUUGGGACAUAUGACGCUUUGUGAGGAGGAUCCUGGAGACUGGUACUACAUUCCUCAUCAGGCAGUAGUCAAAGAGUCUAGUGAAACGACUAAAGUGAGACCAGUAUACGAUGCUUCUUCCAAGACAUCUACUGGAAUUUCCCUUAAUGAUGUGCUCAGGGUUGGACCGACUAUUCAAGACUCCAUUUUCGAACAAGUGCUCCGCUUUCGUACAAACAAAUUCGUUGUCACGGCUGAUAUUGAAAAAAUGUAUCGGCAGGUUCUGGUUCACCCAGAGAAUAGGAAAUACCAAAAGAUUCUCUGGUAUUACGAAGGAAAAAUAAGAACUUUCAUACUCAAUACUGUCAUUUUUGGCAUGGCCUGUGCUCCAAUUUUAGUUAUCAGGACUCUUCACCAAUUAGCUCGUGAUGAAGCAGAGAAUUUCCCAAACGCCAGCCAGAUAUUAAUGCGUGACUUUUAUGUUGAUGAUCUUGUUUCUGGCGCUGAUUCUCUCGAAGCCAUUUUAAGCAUUCGUGACGAGAUGAUACAAUUAUUAUCUCGUGGAGGUUUCGUUAUCAGACAGUGGUCGUCCAAUCACAUUUCCGCUUUGGAAAAUAUCGAUAGGGAAAUUUUCAGCUUAGAUUGCGGGGUGAAGGUGUCUCCUCUUCAGAAAACCUUGGGAAUCCAUUGGAAUUCUAACAUCGACAAAUUCUGUUACACUGUCUCAUCGAUCGAUUUAAACAUUUUGUAUACAAAACGCCACUUGCUCUCUGAGAUUUCUAAGAUCUAUGACCCUCUAGGCCUUCUUGGUCCAGUGAUUUUGUACGCUAAAGUUCUCAUGCAAGAUUGCUGGAAAUCCCAAAUCACUUGGGAUGUAGCUUUACCGCAGGAUAUUUCCAGUAAAUGGCGAGUGUUGGCUGAACAACUCCCUGCCCUUCGAGAAUAUCUAAUUCCGCGAUUUAUACGGGCUGAAGGUGCCGUUAAAAGUGAGAUUCAUGGUUUCUGCGACGCCUGCGCUCAUGGUUAUGGUGCUUGUUUAUAUCUCAAAUCUGUCGUUUUCCCAUGGGGUAGCAUCCAUCCAACUCAUCUGCAGUAA